AUGAGCACCGAGACCAAUUCCAACGCCAGAAUCGUUAUCAAGCCAUGCGAAGCCUGUAGAUACUUGCGAAAGAAAUGUCUCGACAAUUGCAUAUUCGCACCUUACUUUGAUUCCAAUAAAGGAACCGCCAAUUUCGCAUCGAUUCAUAAUAUUUUUGGAGCGAGCAACGUUACAAAACUUCUAACGAAUAUUCCGAUCGACAAACGGCCCGAUGCAGUUAGGACUUUAAAUUAUGAAGCUCAUCCUCGUCUCCAAGAUCCUAUAUAUGGUUGCGUAUCUCAAAUCUUUGGUCUCCAAAAUCAGGUGAUCAAUCUUCAACGAGAGAUUGUGUGCUUACAAGCCCAAUUAGCCAGGCAGCAGCCACCUCAGCAACAGCUACAGUCUUCUCUAUCCAUGUCGGACUACCCUUUUGGUGGUGGUGCCACCUAUGACAUGUCACGUCUUCUCAUCAUCAUGGUGCCACCCAAUCAGCAGCAGUUCCAUGAUCAGAACCCUUUCGCCGGAGCUCCGGUGGCCGGCGGCGGUGGGGAAGAGUUUGCUGGGGAGUUACUGAUGAAGAAUCAACGUGGAAGGAAAAGAUCUUUCCCAAGCAUGCCACCUGACACUAAUUGA